GAAGACCUUUGUGGGGACUGUAAGUCGAUUUAUGACGGGUUCUGGGAAAAGGAUGGUGGCGUAUUACAAAGCUGAUGGAAGAUUGGUCCACAUUGUUCCAGAACCUGAAGAGGAGGAGGAGCCUCUGUUUAGGGCAAUCCGUGAAGGUGAUUCAAGCAGAGUCAAAACUCUGGCCAUGUGUCCGGGAACCAACCUGAUGCUGCCAAGUAAACCGGGCUGGCUCGCAGUCCACCAGGCUGCAUGGUUCGGACAGGAGGCCUGUCUGCGAAUGCUGCUGAUAGCCCAACCAGGAAUGACCAACAAGAGAACAAGUCAUGGUGAGACGCCGCUGCUGGUUGCUGUCAGCGGAGUCCAUCAGAGAUGUGUUCAACUGCUUCUGGAAAAUGGAGCUGAUCCUGACAUCCCAAAUCAUGAAAAAGAGACUCCGCUCUACAAAGCAUGUGAACGGAGCAAUCCUGCCAUUGUGGCUGCUCUGUUGAACCAUGGGGCGGAGGUGAACACCAUCUGCAUUCAAGGGUGGACGGCUCUGCAGGAAGCAGCAAGCAGAGAUAAUGUGGAGAUUUGUGAGAUGCUGCUGAAGGCUGGAGCUAAACACAAUAUUCGCAACAUGUACGGCAUCACCCCAUUGUUUACUUCUGCUCAGAAUGGUCAACUGGCUGCACUCCGCCUCCUCAUCAAGCAUGGUGCAGAUGUUAACACUCAGGCAGCUGAUGGAGCUACAGCUUUGUAUGAAGCUACUAAAAAUGGACACAAAAAAAUUGUGGAUCUCCUCCUUUCUCAGAAUGCUGAUGCCAAUAAGUCUGGAAAAACAGGACUUUUGCCACUUCACAUCGCUGCUCGAAGAGGAAAUGACAUAAUUGUUGCCAUGUUGAUCCCGGUCACCAGUAAGGCUAGGGUCAGGAGGACUGGUAUCAGCCCAUUGCACCUGGCAGCAGAGUGGAACCGCGAUGAGACUCUGGAGGUUCUGAUCGAGGCAGGAUUUGAUGUCAAUGCUCAGCUGUCCGAGGAGCGAUCAAAGCUGUAUGAGGACCGCCGCAGCACCACACUCUACUUCUCUGUCAUCAACAACAACAUUGAUGCUGUUAGCAUGUUGCUCGCUGCCGGUGCUGACCCAAACCUGGACAUGUUCAAGCCAUUGCUGGUGGCUGCAAGAAUAGGCUGCAUUCAGACCGUUCAACUGUUGGUGGAACAUGGUGCUGACAUUAACGCUGGCAUCCCAACCCACCCCACCACAUUCCCCGCCGUCUACAUGUUCUCCAUGAAGUACCUUCCCUUGUUCAAGUACCUGCUUGACCACGGAGGCCAGGCCCUCUCCUGCUUCGACUGUGUCUACAGCAGCCAGUCCCAUCCACCCAUCCGAACCAGUCGAUCGGACUGGAACCACGACUCUGACAGAGUUCUGCCUGAGACGCUGCAGAGGAGAGGCAUUCAGUUCUGUGAGAUGAUCUCGGCCCCCAGUAUUUCUCGGUGGGCAGGACCAAUCAUUGACAUCCUAUUGGACUACGUUGGUCACGUGACUCUCUGCUCCAGACUGAUGGAGCACCUGGACAGUUACUCUGGAUGGAGAGCCAUCAAAGAAAAAGCAGCUCUGCCACGGCCUCUGCUGCAGCUCUGCAGGCUGCAGGUUCUGCUCUUGGUUGGACGUCGACACUUGAAGAAGUUGCCACUUCCUGGAGGUCUGAUUCGCUUUCUCCAACAUCAGGAGUUUUCUCUGGAAGACAGUUAAACAAUUGGUCAAGCAGUGGGCAGCUAUUGAAAGCGCCCG